UGUGCACAGCUUUACCUAGUGGUAACUGAAAAAAUAUUGGUUUGUUUGGCCACACAGGUCAUGAUGGGAAUUAUUUCAACAGGAAUCUCGGAAGGAAAGGGUCGAGCUGGGGUAAUGAUUCCUAUCCCUGAAUAUAGCAUGUAUCAGGCGAGGCUACUGCAACACAACACACACCAGGUAAUACCUAUUCGUGUCACUUGGCGUCGCUUCCCGCGCAGCCUGUUCCAGGCGUUCAAAUAGUAGAACGCAGUGUUUGGGUUAAAUCGUACGCGGAGGAAACGAGGGGAGAGUGGGGCGAGAGCGCGGGAACUUUCCCUCUCUAGUCUCUCCUGUUUUUUUUUUCCUCAUCAAUUUUUGGACCGUGCUUUAUUAUCUGAACGGCUAAAACAGGCUACUUCCCGCUAGAAGUGACACGCGUGUUGCGUCGCAUUUUUAGGAGUUGUUUUCUCUAUCGUUCACGCAUUUUCAUCUACUUAACCAACGAAGCUGGUGAGUUUGUCUGGGAGGGGCAGCGGAAAGGAGUGCGAGGAGAGUGGAGCACUUGCACACGCUUCGCUCGUGCUAUCGCGGCUUUACUUCGCUUUAAUUUUCACGCUUGCUGACCAGUCUAACUAGGCAUGUAUUAGUAACUGUUAAGAAGAAAGAGACUUAAGACUCUAGAAGAUGGCUGUAAAUUUGAAUUAAAUGUUCGCAUCGCGAAAGUCUACUACUGUAUUUUCCAUGCAGAUUUUCCAUCUUUAAGAGCCGUUGGCGCGUGCGAAUCACUACUAGAAAAACAAAAUAUUACAAAACAAAAAACGCUUUGUGGUGUUUGAGCAAGUUAGCUUCUUCCCUGCCUGUGCAAAAUUCGUCCAAGUUUGGCUGAUUUUCACUUAAACCACGGUGACGGGCCGGUCGUACUCGGAGUCGUAAACGGGUUCAUGGGCUUAAAGGGAGGAAUCGGAGUCCCAAAGUAAGAAUCGGAACGUUUUUAUCUUCCGACUCCGCUUACGACUCCGCCGCUUACAGUGUAGUGAAACCGGGAGGAAUAAACCAAUCGCAAUACUCGUUCCCAAGCACUGUGGCAUGUUGUGAAGGAUUGAUCUGUCGCUUCUCGUUACAAGUGCGACAACCUUGUAGUUGUCACUACUGACAUUGUAAGCGACGGAGUCGUAUGCGGAAUCUGACUUCUUUUUCACUCGAUCAUAACGCUUUGCACUUCUAAUUACGACUAGUGAAAACUGGACCAGCCUUAAGAGUUCCCGAAACUAUCCGUCAACCGAAGUAUAUUUAAGAACUUGGUUCCAGUUUUGUUGCAGCAAGAAUUUAUUACUUCACACUUUGGCAUUCUUCCUCAGAGACCCCAGGAGAAAAUUACGUUCUACUCAAGUUUUUAUUUAUUUUUUAUCCUGAAGACUGAUAUUUUACCUUCUUGACGAAGACAACAACUGGGGCUUGAAUAUGUCUGAACUAAAGAAAAAGCUGGAUGGGGCAAGGCCGCACUGUUUACCAAGAGCUCUCGUGCUGAUAAAUCCAGGCAAUCCAACAGGUACGUUGAAUGUUUAUCGAUUUGUAAUACGUGCAGUAAUAUUAAUGCAGAUGAUGAUGAUGAUGAUGAUGAUAGCAAUGAUAAUAAAAUUUCUCUAUUUACUCUCGACAUUCUUUUAGCACACAGGUUAUUGCGUUCCAGCUUUCUUUUCACGGGGUGACCCUUAUAAAAGGGUGUUCGUUAUACCAGGGUGUUGGUCAUAUAGGCGUUCUUUUUUUUCUUUUUUUAUGAAUUCCCGCCUAAUAACGGGAUGUUCAUUAUCUAAGCAGUCGUUAAACUAGGGUGUCCGUCAUAUAGAGAUUCUACGUUAAACCGAGGUGUUCGUUGUAUCAGAGUUUAACUAUAAAAUGUAAACUUGUUCUGUCCUUCGUUUAUCCAUUAACUUUAGUCACGUUUGCUGCUUGUUUAUAUAUAGGUCAGGUGUUGACUUAUGAAGGCAUUCAAGAAGUAAUCAAGUUAUGUGCUCGUGAGAAGUUAGUUUUAUUCGCCGAUGGAGUUUACCAAGACAACGUGUACGCGGAGGGAGCCCAGUUUCACUCGUGCAAAAAUGUCCUCAGGGACCUGGGAGACGAAUAUAGCGGAUACCAAUUGAUCUCUCUUCAUUGCAGUGCGAAAGGAUACACCGGAGAGUAAGUUGUGCGUGUGUUUUUCCUCUUGUUUGUUUAUUUUUGUAUCCACCCUCGGGAAGCGGGAAAAUUUGAUUUAGUGCCAAUUUUGUACCCUUGGUGGUCUGUUUGCUGGGCUUAUUUGAUUGUACAUACAUACCCAUAGUCAAACCAUUAUUAACCGUUCCCAAUUCCAAAUUUGCUUUUAGCCUGCUGCUAUCUUCUCAAUUGAUGUGUGUGAGUUUUUUUUUUUUUUCCUUUUUUUUUUUUUUUUUGUCUUUUGUUUUUUGUUUUGUUUCGUUUUUGUUUUGUAGUUUUUCUCUCUUUUGUCACUUUUUACUUGUAUUUAAUUUGUUGUCUGUGAAAAUAAAUUUUAAAAAAACCUUGGGUGUUUAUUAAAAAAAAAAAAAUUCUAAAUUUCAUUUCUUAAAAUCAAGUGCCCAGAAUUAGAAUCUCAGAAACAUAUAGUACCUCAUGAAAGUACUGACAAAGAGGUUUCAUUUGAAUGGUCACACCAAAAGCCAAAUGAUUUCGUCCCCACACUCUAAAGUUAGUUAGAACUUCCUUACUCGACUCCAUCGUUCAUUCUGGAAGAUAAAUUAAGGGGUCACUGAUCAAAGUCCCGGAAAGACUUUUCUCUGAAUUACUGAUUAAGAGUCACAGCCCUCGUUUUGCUACCCUGCGAGCAGUGGUUUCUCCAGGUCGGACUCUAUGCUGCGAAGGGAGAGAAACCACUCCGAACAACCGUUUGAUUUUCCAUCAUUAAAAACUUGUAGUGUGAUAGGCCUUAACAAAGAGAGAUGGUAGGUGGUUAAAACUAUUAAUAAGUAAAGGUAAAUUUACAGUGGAUGCUAUUGAAACAAUCAGACCAAACGUGUCCCAUAUUGUAUUUCGUGCUAUAGGUGAUAGUGAUGAUGAUGAUGAUGAUGAUGAUGAUGAUGAUAAUGAGAUGGAGGAGGAGGACAAGGAGGAGGAGGAUGGUAAUGCUUCUGAGGGUGAUGGUAAUGGUGAAGAUGACUAAAGAUGAUUAGAAGAAGAUAUUAAAAAAGAUGUUAACGUAAGUUAGGUUUAUGAACACACAGUAAAGCUUUGUUCUAGAUUUUAUACUAUAAAAAGUUUCCCGCUUGACUACUCUUCAGAUUUAAAGACUGUACAUCAAUAGAAACAAAAUAUUUAAUAUGUGAAUUCCUGUUGUCAUAUAAAGUUGGAUUAAUGUGGAAAAUUAGAUUUAUUGUUAAAAAAAGAUUUUACUAACGUUUGUAGUGACAUGUGAAUAAUUUAACAUGACCCACCCCUAAUGAGGUGCAUUAUUUUUCCUGACCCACCCUUUUUCACGUGUUAAAAAAUAGUGACCCACCCAAUUUUUCAUAGCCCACCCUCCCCUGUACUUUAUGACUGGUCCCUAAGCGCGAUAAAGUUUGAAGCAGCGCGACUUUACUUUUUAAGUGACGUUUUCGUAGCCGUCGCCGUCGUUGUUGCUUAAACUCCCUAUUAACGUGGUACAAAACCGCCAUGCUGGGGAUCGAGUAAGGGUGGAUUUCCACUGUCGCGUAAUUUUUACGCGCGUAAAUAUAAUAGAGGUAACAUAUGAAAGGUCAGGCGUAAACGUAAAAAUUAAGCGAGCUUUUACUUUAACGUUUACGCGCGACCUUCCAUACAUUGCCUCUAUUUUAUUCACACACGUAGAAUUUACGUGCAUACGUACGUGAAAAUGAAGCGACAGUAGAAAUCCACCCUAAGGGAGGGGCGCACUGGAACAAGACAAACAAAGAGCUCACAUCAUUUAUAUUUUCUAUGUUUGUCCUCUCCCAGUGCGUGUCUUGAGUUGUUUACCAUUUACAUGGACAAACCAUUCGGUUGGCGGUUUGGGCAUGCAAAUGGUAAGCAAAAUUCAGUGGUAGUAAAUUUCGUCCCAGAAUCGCGUCGCGUUUUCCAUUUGUACCAAUCAGUUUCAUUUACCGAAAAGCGGCCGCGAAAGCCUUAACCUGGUAUCAAAGGCGGCUUUGAAGAAAAGAAACAUGAUCGGAAAAACAGAAAAACCUUUUCAGGCACUCCGUUGCCCCUGGACAUUUUCCAAUGAAAUUUCUUGAAAAGUUGUCAGGUGUUCUACUUACCGGUUCUUUCCAACUGUAUUUUUGUAAAUGGUAAACAACCUUGCUCUCCAUCAUAGUGUUUUCGUACCAUGUCAAUGACAAGCUGCAAUGGGUCAAUUGUUCAUCUACCCCUGAGACUACUCGACUUACUUCUUUGCUGUUCCUUGCAGAUGUGGGCUCAGAGGUAGAUAUAUAGAGCUCGUAGGAUUCAAUGAUCAACUGAGGUCUCGAGUAAAAACUUACCUGAGUGCAAGAAGUUGCCCUUCCACGAUAGGACAGGUACAAAAAAUGUAUCACAUGAAGUGAAAUUGGGGCAGAGGUCCCUAAUGAAAGGGCUGCCUCAAACCCUAGUCCAAAAUUUCCAGUUUGAAUACUUGGAAGGUCCUCAGUUACCUUUUCGUUAGAGCGAAAGUAUUUUAGUUCUUCUACGAUGAUUUAUUAACAUCUCCCAAGUCCUAGACAAGCCUGGCUGCUUGUGUUUUUCUUUUCGUUAUAUUGGCUUUGUGUUGUUUGUUCCUGUUGUUGUUUUGUUUUGUUUUAUGGUGGUCAGGGUAUUAUAGGCAGUUAAGCAAAAAAUUGCAAUAGUUCAGAUGUAACUUCAUCAUAAUUAGGCGUCUCUCACACUAUGCGCAAAGAACGACGGGAUGGUGAAAGAUGGCUUUGCCCUCCUUUCUUACUCCUCCCAUAAAGCUUCGCGCUUCUCUUAUUUCCAGUCAUUCGCCUUGUGUCGCACGAGUCUCGAAGCGCCUGCAGAGGAAGCUGUUAGUGCUUUAUUGUAAGGUACUCAGGCUGUAUUCAUUACGCUUGGUUUCUAACCCAAGGUAAUCAUGGGACUCACUUGCAAUCCUCCCAAGCCUGGCGAUGAAUCAUAUGAAAAGUUUUCAAAGGUAUGCUCCUUAACUGUAACUUAACCCAGAGAAACUCACGCGCCUCGCGUGAUCAUAUUCAGCGCUACUUUAUCGCUCUUGUAAUUUUUUAAAGGGGCUUUGUCACGGCUGACUAGUUUUUAUGGUUGAUAAUGGCAAUAACGAGUCAUUAUUCGCUAUGGAACUUGAAAACUUAGGUACUUAGUUGUGAAUGACAAAAUUAAUUGUAUUAUUCUUUUUUUUUUAGCUUGUCUCUAGUGCUCAGGCUGUAACUCGUUCCAGGUUUUAACGAAAAUGUAACAAUUUGAACCAUAGCUUUUCACGAUACAGAUAAAAGCAGUGAAUAAUACAAUACUUAGUCAGGUGACGCCUCUAAUGCCUGCCAUGGGGUAGCCGAUUUAACAAAUAAAGCUUGUUCCUCUUACCUUGGGUACCAGAGGUUUUUCUCCCGGGUGGCCGGAUCCUUCGGCCCGUGGGCCAAAGCCACGAGUGGCGAUAAAGAUUUGAAAAAGCGGAAGCCGUGCAUGAAAAGUCUCUGGCACGCAAGAUAGGUUUCCAUUGAUUCUUUUGCCCAAGCAAAACGUCAGAUUCGUGUCUUACGCAAGUAACGUUUGCCAAGUGCUGGAGUCGCUAAGGGACUAGGUCGAGUAAACAAAAAUUUCUAUUUUCUCCUGGAACAUUUGGCAAUCUUCUUAUAAAUGUAUAGAAAAUGAUCUUUAAUUGCGACGCACUAGGGAAAUUCUAUAGAGGUGAUUACCUUCAGUAUUCCCAUAUCUUGCCUAAUGCAUUAUUUUGUGUUUUAUCCGUAUUACACGAAGUAACUUCCAUCAAGGAUUCUUACGUGAAGAAAGCAAAGAUGACAACGGAGGCUCUUAACUCAAUGGAAAAUGUUAAGUGUAACGAGGUGGCAGGUGUAAUGUAUGCGUUUCCGAGAAUAACACUUCCAAAGAAAGCCAUCGAGGCAGCCAAGGUAUCAUGUCCUGUUUCCUGCCCUGAUUUCUAGAGCCGCACUGCAGAAUACUGUCAGUAAUGGAUAUCGUAGGUGUACGGUAAUGCGAAUUCCGGAACCCGGGAAUUUUUUUCUUGUAGACUGAUCCGGAAUCAGUUCUGGUGUUUGAAAUUCGGAAUUCAGACCCGGUUGUUCAUAAGAUGGGCAGCGCUAUCCACCGAAUAAAUCACUAUGCGAUAGAUAAGUAUGAGCGAAACCAAUUGCACUAUCCACUGGAUAGAGAUUUAUCCGGUGGAUGGCGUUAUCCAGCUUUUGAACAGCUGCGGCCUGCUCUAUAUAUGAAGCCCGGAAUCUCGCUAACGAUUGGAAUCUGGAAUCCACGUUUCAUGGACAAGGAAUACUGAAUCCAGUACCCGCCAUCCGGGACCUACAGCAUAAAAUCCGGAAUCCACAACGUGCGAUCCAGAAGCCAAGAUUCUCGUUGAUGCACCUUAUAUUAGAGGAAUGCCAACCCGUUUCCCGCCGUGUCAGUUUUCAUAAAAGGCGUUCUUCGGUUAGAAAAAGCGAUAAGGGCGCUAUCAUGGGCUCCCAUCUUAUUCAGGCUGCUGAUAAUGUCCCGCGAAAAUUAAAAUUUUACUUUCUCAACUUUCCUUAUUGCAUUGCUAAAUUCCACAUGUCGUGUCGAUCUAGUAACAACUCCUGAACAACUCCCUGUAAAGGCUUCAUCGAGGGAUUCAUUGAAAUAAAGAUAUUCCUCUCACAAGGGAAGUAUGUAUGUGAUCUGUUUGGUGAGGGAAGUGUCAGGCCAAGGAAAUGCCACCAGACGAGUUUUACUGUUGGCAGGCGCUGGAGAAAACUGGAAUUUACAUGAUUCCUGGCCACGUUUUUGAUAUGAAAGGCAGCGGCGGUAAUAACAACUUUUACUACAGGUAAGAUUUGAAUUAACAAGGGUCAUCAAUUUCAGGUCGGAAUUUUUAUGAUUUUAAAAACCUCUCUGUGAGAUCAUUUGCGCCCUUGGGUCACAAGGUUUUCACAGGUUUGUCUAAUAUAUUUAGAUUGAUUAGAUUGACUGCACCUUUAAAUUUGAACAGACCCCCCUUUCCCCCCAACCCCGAAAAAUUCUGCCUUUGUACUACAGGAACACCAAAUUAGGAUGCGUUUUGACGAACGCGAUAAGGGUAUACACAGGUCGGCCCAUAGCCGGGGUGAUUGGGGCUUAGUGGAGGUCCUGCAACUGGAAUAAAGUGGGUGUUUACAAAUAGAAGGGCUCACAACCGGGAUUAUACGGUACGGACCAGAGCAUAAACUUACUUGGGAAAAGGCGUCCUAAAAGCGAUUUGUCCGUAAAAGCGACGUUCUGUCAGCGUGUGAAAGUCUGAUUGAAUUGGACCAAGUUUCAUCUCCACAUUAUGGCUUAAAAUAAUCCAAAAAGUUUUGAUUUCUCAAAGCCACUAUCCAUACGAAGGAAAUAACUUAAAACGGUUUCAUGUUUUAAUCUUUCUUGGUAGGAUCACUAUUCUUCCUUCUGAAGAGACGUUCGCUCCAAUGUUUGAGCGACUACGAAUCUUUCACCAAGAAUUCAUGGCGCAGUUUAAGGACACGAACUGA